AUGUUUUCAAAGAAAUAUCUAUCUGAGAGUCAGAAAAGAAACAAAAGAAAAAGAGUAGAAGAGAUUAUUAAAACUCAGAAAGGUGCUCUUCAUAAUUUUUUUAAAAAUAGCUUUUCAAUUGAAGAUUCAGUUGAUGAAUUACAAGAAGAAAAUCAAAAACUAAAUGAUUAUGCAAUAGAUAAGCAACAACUAAGUAAUCAAGAAGAACUAAAUGAUUAUGCAAUAAAUGAGCAACAACUGAGUAAUCAAGAAGAACUUAAUAAUCAUACAAUAAAUGAGCAGAAAGAAUUGAUAGAAAAUGAUGACAAUAAUCAUGCAAUGAAUAAGCAAGAAGAAUUGAAAGAAAAUGAUGAUAAUGAUUUGAAUGUAGAAGUUGGUAAUAUAAUUGAGAAUGAAAAUGAGUUAGAGAAAACUGGUCAUGUUUUGGAUAUAUAUGAUCCAAGAUCUUGGGAUAACAUUGAUAAUAAAACAAGAGAUCUUUUGGUAGAGAAAGGUCCUAUAAGAGAAAGUAAUAUUAAGUUUACUAUAGAUGAGUUUUCAAGACAUUUUUCAUAUUCUUAUUGCACAAGAAAAUUACCAAAUGGAGAGAAUCAAGAUAGAAAAUGGCUUGUAUACUCGAAAGAUGCAAACAAAGUAUAUUGUUUUUGUUGCAAAUUGUUUAAAUCAGUGAAAAAUAAAAGUUUGUUGGCAAAUGAAGGUUUGAAUGAUUGGAAACGUUUAAGUGAUAGACUUAGACAACAUGAGAAUGGUAUUGAGCAUAUUACUAACAUGAGAAUUUGGAUUGAUUUGGAAAUUAGAUUGAAAAAGAAUGAAACAAUUGACAAAGAGAUCCAAGUGCAAAUUAAGAAAGAGAAAGAACAUUGGAAACUUGUUUUAGCUAGGAUUAUUUAUGUUGUGAAAUGUCUUGCUAAACGUAAUUUGACUUUUCGUGGGGAUAAUGAAAAAUUUUACCAAAGUAGUAAUGGUAACUUUUUGGGGCUACUUGAAUUAAUUGCAGAAUUUGAUUUGGUAAUGCAAAAGCAUUUUUAGACGCAUUCAAAAUAAUGAGAUUCAUUAUCAUUACCUUAGUCAUAAGAUUCAAAAUGAGUUGAUUUUUAUAUUAGGUUCUAAAGUCAGAAGUACUAUAAUUGAAAAAAUAAAAGAGGCAAAAUAUUUUUCAGUGAUACUUGAUUGUACUUCAGAUGCAAGUCACCAUGAGCAAAUGACUUUGAUAAUUCGAUGCGUGGAUGUCUUAUCUUGUCCUAUAAAGGUAAAUGAGUAUUUUAUAGAGUUUUUAAAAGUGGAUGAUACAUCUGGAUUAGGACUUUUUAAUGAAUUACAAUAUGUUUUAGAAACCCUUGGACUUGAUAUUGAUAAUGUGAGGGGACAAGGUUAUGAUAAUGGUUCUAAUAUGAAAGGUAAAAAUCAAGGUGUACAAAAGAGAUUUCUUGAAAUAAAUCCAAGAGCAUUUUAUAUGCCAUGUGCUUGUCAUUCUCUUAAUUUAACAAUUUGUGAUAUGGCAAAUUCUUGUGUUAAGGCUGUGUCAUUUUUUAGAGUUAUGCAGCGCAUGUAUACUUUAUUUGCUAGUUCUACAAAAAGGUGGAAGAUUUUACAAGAUCAUGUUCAUCAAUUAACUCUAAAGUCAUUAUCAAUAACAAGAUGGGAAAGUCAUGUUAAUAGUAUCACAACCAUAAUAACUCAGCCAAAUGAGAUAAGAGAAACUUUAUAUGAAUUAUCGAAAGUUAGUGAAGAUGCUAAGAUUAGGAGUGAGGCUGAAUCUUUACUAACACAUGAACUUGAAAGUUUUGGAUUUUUGUUGGGCAUGACUAUAUGACAUAACAUUUUGAAAAAAAUUGAAUUAAUUAGUAAAAAGCUGCAAUCUAAAGAUAUGCAAAUUGAUAUUGCAAUAAAGAUUUUGAGAGGAUUGAUUUCUUAUUUUGAAAGAUAUAGGGAGGAAGGUUUCCAAUCUGCUAUGACAUUAGCGAAAGAGAUUGCAUCUAAAAUGGAAAUUGAUCCUAUUUUUCCUAAAAAAUGUACAAUUCAUAGAAAAAAAUAAUUCGAUGAAAAUUAUCACGAAGAGAUUUCACAAUCUGCUGAAGAAUCUUUUAGGAUUAAUUAUUUUAUUGUUGUCGUUGAUAUUGCUAUUUUCUCUUUAAAAAGUAGAUUUGAACAAUUAGAAAUUUUUGAAAACAUUUUUGGUUUUCUAUUCAAUCCUAAAAAAUUUCUUUCAAUGAAUGAUAAUAGAUUGUAUGAGUGUUGUAAUAAUCUUCAAGUUGCUCUAAAAUAUAAUGACAAGUUUGAUAUUGAUGCUGAUAAUUUAUUUUCUGAAUUGCAAGUGCUACAAAUGUGUUUACCAACAGAAACAAAGUCAGCUUUUGAAGUUCUUGAGUUUGUAAAAGUCUUGUAUUGUUUUCCUAAUAUUUCCAUUGCUUAUAGAGUUUUGUUAACUAUACCCAUUUCUGUAGCAUCAGCAAAAAGAAGUUUUUCUAAACUAAAAUUGAUACAAUCUCACUUGCGUUCAACUAUGUCUCAAGACAGAUUAAAUGACUUGACAAUUUUAUGCAUUGAAAAUGAGGUGUUAGAAAAACUUGAUUUGGAAGACCUUAUUGAUGAUUUUGCUUCCCAAAAUGCUAGAAGAUCUAGAUUUUUUCAAUGAUUAUUUGAUACUUGUUUUGUUUUUGUAUUUGCAGGGACUGCACUUUUGGAGAAA